UGGUUAUUUCUAUUUUAAAAUACUUUUUUCUUAUUUUAGUCCAUCCUUUUUUGUGGGAAAAAAAUAGGCUUCUAUAAGAACACUUGUCAGAGAAAGAAAAUAGGCUUCAUAUCCACAUAUUUAUCACAAAGAAAAUAAGUGAUCAAAGAUAUAGAAAGAAUGGCAGAAAAAGAAUUCUGUUUCAAAACCCUUCUUCUGUUCGUAAGUAGAAUCUUUCAUAGGAGACUGCUAAAGAACACUCAUUUCCAACAAAGGAGUAACAGAGAUUGCUAUUCUAAUGCACUAAACAUCAAGAUUCAAAAAUAUCCAUCGCUCAUACUUAAAUCAGAGUCAGAAUCAGAAUUCUCAAGCCAGACUUUGAUUUUCGACGUAGAAGGGGCGUUGUUGAAGCCGUCAUCUUUGUUUCACUACUUCAUGCUUGUAGCAUUUGAAGCUGGUGGACUUGUUAGAGCUCUUGUACUGCUUCUUUUGUAUCCUAUUAUUUGGUUGGUUAAUGAAGAUAUAGGGAUGAAUAUUAUGGUUUUUGUUUGUUUCUUCGGAAUCAAGAAAGAUAACUUUAGAGUAGGAAGAUCUGUUUUACCUAAGUUUGUCUUAGAAGAUGUUGGGUAUGAAGGUUUUGAGGUGCUAAUGAGAUAUGGAAAAAAAGUGGGUGUCAGUGAAUUACCUAGAGUUAUGAUUGAAGCAUUCUUGAGAGAUUAUUUAGAAGUUGAUUUUGUUGUUGGGAAAGAGCUGAAAGUGUUUCAUGGGUAUUUUGUUGGUUUAAUGGAAGAUGCUACGAAAACUAGUUUGAAUUUGCAAGCGAUGUUCGGAGAAGAGAAAAUGAAUUCCAAGGAAGUUGUUGGGUUCGGAAGUUUUCAUAAAUCACUUGAACAUCACUACUUCUCUCAGUGCAAGGAGAUUUACUUGGUGAAUGAAACAGAAAAGAAAAAAUGGAAGAAUUUACCACGGGAGAAAUACCCGAAGCCGUUAGUCUUCCAUGAUGGCAGAUUAGCUUUUAAACCAACUCCAAUAUCAACACUAGUUAUGUUUAUAUGGAUUCCAUUUGGAAUAUUUCUAUUCACUUUCAGAUUUCUUAUCGGUAUUUCAUUACCUUACAGUAUCAAUACACCUAUACUAGCCUUCAGUGGUAUGAGACUAAAGCAAUCAAAACCAAUUCCAACACCAAAAAAGAUAGAAAACCAAAAGGGUGUUCUUUAUGUUAGCAACCACAGGACACUUAUGGAUCCUAUUUACGUAUCUGGUGGACUUAGGAAACAAUUGACUGCAAUGAUAUACAGCUUAAGUAAAGCAUGUGAAAUCGUUGCACCAAUAAAAACAGUAAGAUUAACAAGGGAUAGAGAAACGGAUGCAGAAAUGAUGGAGAAAAUGUUGAAGCAAGGAGAUGUUGCUGUCUGUCCCGAGGGUACUACUUGCAGGGAACCCUACCUUCUAAGGUUUAGUCCAUUAUUUGCAGAAGUCAGUGACGAAAUAAUUCCGGUUGCUAUUCACGUAGAGGUUGGUAUGUUUUAUGGAACUACUGCUAGUGGGUAUAAAGUUUUAGAUCCACUUUUCUUUUUUAUGAAUCCUCAUCUUACUUACAGUAUAAAAUUCCUUGAGAAGAUAUCAACAUCUGAAAUUUUUAUGAGAAAGAAAUCAAGAACUGAAGUAGCAAAUUAUGUUCAGGGUGUGAUUGGUAGAGCCUUGGGGUUUGAGUGCACAAAUCUCACUAGGAAACACAAGUACUUGAUGUUAGCUGGUAAUGAAGGUUUUGUGGGUAAAAGUAAAUCUUCAAACAAUUCAAGUUGAUUACAAGCAAACAAAGGGUUAAACAAACCGAGACGCAAACCAUUUAAAGACAUUAAGCCUAAUCUGGGAAAAAAUAACGUAAAGGGAUGAAGCCAUCUCACACCGGUGGUUCCUGGUGGCUCUGUAUGUUGUAAAUAGUUGUUGAUUCUAUUCUCUGUGAACUAUUCUUGAUUCUGACAAAGGUACAUUAAGGUUUUGCUUUGGUUAAAUACAAAGAAUUUCCAUAGGUUGUUUGAGCACCUUAAAAAUCCUACAGUUUAAAGUAAAAGAGAGAGGCCUGAAACUUGGUGGUUGUACUAAGAGGUUUUAAGUUAGAAUUCCACUUGAAUGGAGGUGGGAGAUUUUUCUUUCUUCCUUUACCUAACUACCUAGGUUCGUAGGUAGCAGACCAAUUCCAAUUCCAAAAAAAAAAAAAAAAAAAAAAAAAAAAAAAAAAAAAAAAAAAAAAAAAAAAAAAAAAAAAAAAAAAAAAA